CGGCCGUGACGCGGGCGUGACGCGGGCGUGACGCGAGUGCCGCCGCUCCCGAGGCCCUCGCGCUGUCCCCGCCGCGCUCCGAGGCAGCCGUAGCUCGGCCCGCGUCGCCAGGCCCCGGGCCGCCCCCGGGUCCCUGCCGCCCGCCGCCCGCCAUGGACGACUACGCGGUCCUGUCGGACGCUGAGCUGGCCGCCGUGCUGCGCCAGUACAACAUCCCGCACGGGCCUGUCGUGGGUUCCACCCGCAAGCUCUACGAAAAGAAAAUCUUCGAGUACGAGACCCAGAGGCGGAGGCUCUCGCCCCCGAACUCGUCCGCGUCGUCUUUCUCCUAUCGGUUCUCGGACUUAGACUCGGCAUCAGUGGACUCGGAUAUGUACGAUCUGCCGAAGAAAGAGGACGCCUUACUCUACCAGAGCAAGGGCUACGGUGAUGACUACUAUGAGGAGAGCUACUUGAGCACCAGGACUUAUGGGGAGCCCGAGCCUGUGGGCGCCUCGAAGGGGUUCCGCCAGCCCCCAAGUUCACUCUCAGACACAGACACCUUUCACCACCAGGUGCGUGAGGACAGUCUUUUCUCUUCUGAAGAGGAGAGCAAGGAUAGGGAGCGCCCCGUGUAUGGCCGGGACGGUGCCUACCAGAGCGUCGCGCACUACCGCCCUGUGUCCAGCGUGUCCAGAAGCUCCCUGGGCCUAUCCUAUUAUCCCACCUCCUCCUCCGUCUCCCCCAUGUCCUCCUCUCCAUCUUCCCCCACUUCGUGGCUCACUCGUCGAGCUAUCCGGCCGGAAAAGCAGGCCCCUGGGGCCGGUCUGGGCCAGGACCGCCAGGUCCCCCUUUGGGGCCAGCUGCUCCUGUUCCUGGUCUUUGCCGCCUUCCUGCUCUUUGUUUACUACUCCUUGCAGGCUGAGGACGGCAAUCCCUUCUGGACGGAGCCCUGAGGCUCUGGCUUCGUGGCCGCCUGUUCUCAGAAGUCCUGGCUGACUGCCUUAGUAGUGUUUGCUAGGGGAGGGGGUGGGGGCUUUUCUGUGUGUUCUGGCUUGGGAGCGCCGGGC